CAUUCAUAACUGUCUCUCUUUCCAACCAAUAACUAACUCUCGCUUCCUCUCACUUUCCCUAGAAAAUUCAACUUUCUAGCUUUCACCCAUCUGAGACAAUCUUAUAAUUUGGUAGUUGUUGAUUUCACAUUCAACAAUUUCUUGGUGUUUUUGGUCAUCAAUCCUAAAAUUAAAUUCAAGCUUGGUAGCUUUCAAGAAUCUGAUAGCUUGGGUAUCGUUGAUUUCACAUUCAGUAAUUUCUUCUGAGUCUUGUUCAUCAUCGAUUAGGAGAGUGAUAGUUCCGGCAACAACCAUGGCAAUACAAAAUCCCAGCGACCCAAUUCCAACACAAAAUCCCAGCGACCCAAUUCCAACACAAAAUCCCAGCAACCCAAUUCCAACACAAAAUCCCAGCGACCCAAUUCCAACACAAAAUCCCGACCCAACUCCAAUAUGGAUCAGCUGUAACCACUGCCGUCGACGCUUUGUUAGCAUGCAAAACAUUCAAGCUGUUGUUGUACAAGCCAGGGAUCCCAGUUCUAUCUACUAUGUGGCUGAUGAUUCUUAUCGCAUAUUCCGUCCUGGCAUAUUCAGUCAUCCCAAAGAAGUAAGUUUUGAAUGGAUUAGGGCUGCCAAUCAGACGACUAAUCUUGUCGUGGGCCGUAUGUACUGUUCCAAAUGCGCACAACCUGCUGGCUGGAAAGUCCUUGAGGGGAGCCAAUGGCACCCUGCUAUCCGUGCAGGCCAGGUUUUGCUGCCAGUUCCUCCUGCUCGUCCUCGCUACUAAGAAUCUCAAUGCAGUUGUCCAAUGUGAUAAACACGUGGGUGCAAUAUCAAGUGAAUAAAAUUUGAAACUUGAAGUAGGAUUACAAUUGCAUGCAACGAUGCAUGUCUUAGUCAUUUGUUCCUUCAGCAGAAUGUUUUCAGAAGCUUUUAUGUUGGGAUGAAUAAAUUCUUGAGAAACCUAAUAAUAGAUAAGAUACGUUUGAUGUUGUUUGGUAAUGCGGAAAUGAGUUCCUUUCUUCUUGCUCUCCAGGUUGCAAUGCCUAAAAGCAU